AUGCCUCAUCGCCGUCCCGACGCCCUCGCCCGAGGACCUCGCCGGAGCUCCCUCGCCGGCCUGCCUCGACUCCGUCCGCGCCGUCCCCGUCCCCCCCACCUCGAGCAUGCUGCCCCGUCCCUACAGCCCCGCCGUGAGCGCCCUCCUCCUCUCCCCUCUUCCCCUGUCACCGCGCGCCCGAGGCCGUGCUCGCUCGCGGCCUCCCCGCGCUCGUCGCGCCUCCUCUGGAUGGCCAUCGCGCCCGAGCCGUUCCCCGUCGUCGCCUCGCCGUACACGGCCGCCCGACCGCGCCCUGCGCCGUGCGUGCUUGCCCCUGACGCCCCUCUGCACCCGCCAGCCCCGCUCUCGUCGCUCACCUACCGCCGUGCACGCGUCCGCCUCCGGCGCUCACCCCCCCCCGCACCGUCGCCCCGCUUCCCCCCCCCCACGAUGGCCCUGCCGCUGCUCGACCGGAGCUCCCCGCCGUUCGCCGGCCCGCGCGCCCAGCUCGCCGGCACACCGGCGCCCGCGCCCGCCAGCCGCCCCGUCGGGUGCGCCCCCGCGGGCCAGCGCCCGUUCGGGGCUAUGCCCGUUGCGGGCUAG